GGGGGGGGGGGAGCUCUCAGUAAGUCAUUCGUAAUAACCCUCCAGUGCUUAAGACCACUGCAAAAAGACACAAGUCAGCUCUGACCACUCACUUAGUCAAUUAGACUCAAGGGUUUGAGCUCACACCGACAUGUCUUCGAAUAACAUCAGUUGACAUACGCCCUAAAAAAGUUUAAUUACAUUUGUUCGGAAAAUAAUUAUUAAAAAAUAGAACCAUAAAAUUGUGUUUACUCUGUAGCGAAACUUAAAUUCCUUCACUUCGAUAUUUCUGUGUAGUUAAAAGGCUACGAAUAAGCUAGAUCUAAGUUUUUAUUUGACCUGGAUACAAAGUCAGAUAGUAAAUGAAUAUAUAACGUUCCUAAUCUAUUUCAUUGUGUUCAUAACAUCGUCACAUAUCAUUUGAUAUCUGUGAUUCGUCAAACAGACGAUCAAAAUGAGGCUUAUAUGGAUACACCUCGGGCUUUUGACAUUAUAUUGUUUUGUCUUUGUGGACAGUGCACCAGACAACAAAAAAAAGACAGAAAAGAAAUGUCCAGCAUUGUCUCUACCUGGAGGCCGAGUUCGUUACAGAGGUGGCAAGAAAUACGCAGCGUUCAAUUGCAAUCCGACAUUUACCCUAGUGGGAAGCCAAGUUUCUGUCUGCACGGAAGGAGAAUGGAGCGUACCAGUACCAAAGUGUAUAGGUUCUACUUGUGAUAAACCCCAAGUGGACGCAAACGUCGUGGUCGAGGAGUAUUCCAAUGGAGGUUGGCUUCACUUUUUCUGUCGUUCUGGAUACAUUCGUGAAGGUCCAGAAGACAUAUACUGUAUAGGUACGAAGUGGAACAGUGAUCCCCCAACGUGCAAGGCCGGUACAAGUAAUGGUUGUGAUUUUGAAGAUGGGCUCUGUGGGUGGAGCCAUGAUCUUACAGACGAUUUUAACUGGGUGAUUAACCAAGGAGAAACUCCUACAGCUAAUACGGGACCGAUGGCAGACCAUACUAAAAAUGAUUCCAGCGGUCAUUACCUUUUUGUCGAGUCUUCAGCGCCACAGACCACUGGACACAAGGCGAGGUUCCUCUCUCCGUUCUACAACGUGGAGUCUCUGCAAAACAAAUGUCUAGAGUUCUACUAUCACAUGUAUGGGGAGGAGGGAGAGAACAAUGUUGGUAGUUUGGAAGUAUUUGUAAGACCACAGAAAAUACCGACUAUUGCACUAGACACUGACCAUCAAAUAUUUUAUAAAACUGGGAACCAGAGAGAUAGCUGGAUAAAAGCUGACGUCAUCGUGCCGCAAGUCACAGAACCAGUCCAGUUUGUUUUUCAAGCGACAAUGAAAAAGAGUUGGCUGAGUGAUAUCGCAAUAGACGAUAUUGUGAUAACAGACUGUAGAAGCAAGGUAUCCAACAGUACUGACCUUGUUAUUCUCAAUGAUCCAUUAACAACUGUCUAUGCGAAAAGCUCGCCAAGACGCACAGCUGUUACAUCAGCGUUGACUCAAGCAGUAACCAGACCAACAAGAACAACUCCUAAGGGCACCAGGCCUACAAGGCAGACACCUGUGUCUACUACCAAGCCAUCCACAGCAACGACAAAAGCUUUCAUUAGCACAACUAGGCCCACCACUUUCAGCACCAAGUCUUCUACCCCAAAGACACUUUCAACCACAGUAAGAACCACAGUAUCUACUUUAGCACCCACAACACAGUCGACCACCUUAAAAACCAUCACAACGUCUUCUAGUACGCCAAGAACUACCACAAUGUCCACCUCAAUAACAACAACUUCGAUAUCCACGACGGAAGUCACAAGUGAAAAGAAAACGUCGUUGUCAGAAAUAACAUCGGAAGCUGCUUCACCCAAAACGGCUGAGACAUCAGGACCAAGGACAGUGUCACCUUCAGGCGAGUUUACUCCAGAGACAGAGAACAGUCUGACCACUGAUGUCCCAGGGGACUCCGUGACUUCGAACACCACGGAUGCUGGAGAAGCUGACGAAACCGAAAAGGAUUACACAGAUAUGAACGGGCUCAAACCGAGCCAGAACGGCGAUGAUGACGAAGACGAAGAGGAAGUUGAAAGGACCACUUCUCAACUGGUUGACAUGCUAGACAACGAAACGUCGGACGCCGACGACGACCACGACGACGAUGAAAAGACGUCGACGACUGAACCAUCAGGGAGCAACGCCUCCGCCGGGAAGGUCCACGGAGGAGACGAGGGCUCUGGCAUGAAGGAGUUGUUGCCACUGAUCAUAGGCGUCGUCUCAGCUGUAGUUGUCGGCGCCGUAGUCAUAGGCGUCUUAACGUGGCGCUGGGCGAAACAUCAGAGGAUGAAGCAGCAGAAAGAGGAAGACGAUCAAAUGAACAUAAUUACCGAAUACGUGGAGACGACACUGAAUGUCUAGCGAUGUUGUGCCAAAUUUUCUAGUUUUCAUGUCCUCAAAGUUCCGAUAUUCAAUCGAAAGUAGUCUUAUAAAGUACACUAGCCUGAUCAUUCAAAAAUACUCUUCAAUGUUGAUUGUAUUGGAGAUUUUCUCGGUAAGGUAAACAAGCCCAAGAAACGCCAAAUAUAAAUCAUAUGUACACUACUAAAUUUCAAAAACUUAACGACGGAAGAACUUACCACAUAUAAUUUUGCGGUGCUAAAAGGUGCACAAUAAUUAUUAGAAACCUUUUUAAAACAAACAUAGCUUGUCAGCAGUUCUUUCUUUUUGUAUUUUGUUUUUUAGUUUUGCUAUCAUAGAUGAAUAUCCCUAAUAAAUUCAUUGCCUGUUUGACGGUGGUAUAAAAUUGGACGCUUUCGGUUUGUCAAUAUUGUACGCAACUAAUUGCUUCCCUUUGAUAUGUCUAUUAAUAGACUACUUACUUCUAUCAUUCUUGAUGUUUAUCUCUCCACAUUAUAAGGCAGAUACUUGAAAACAUAAAAUCGGGUAUUCAGAUCAAGGGACAGAAGUUUAUCUCAUUUUUAAGGUGCAUUGUCGGGUGAUUUUCAGGGUAUACAUUUCAGGAGAGGGUGGGGGGGGGGGAGAGAGAGAGAGAGAGACAAAGCAAAACAAAGUUAUCUCCCUUUUAAACUCUAUUUUUUUUAAAACUGUGCUGGCUCUAAGAACAGCGUUUGAUUGCUGAGCUAUGAUUAGUAUAUUGAUUUUAAAAAAUUGAAACAUGUGUUCAUUUUAUAUAAUGAAUAGUUCUGAUUAAGAAUGGCAUUAAUACUUUACAUAUGGUCUGUAUUAUUUGUAUGAAUGAAUAUAAUGACAUUGCCUUACGAAUAUGCGUCUGAAAGUAUAUUUUGUUUUAUUUUAUGUAUCUAAUUGUAAUGGACAAUGUUGUUGCAUUGUUGAUGUUAUGUAAUUAUUUUUGUUUCUAUAUUUUUAUACUUGUAUAAAACACCUAGAUCUAUAUCUAUAUAAAUUUCGAACUCUGAGGAUCUAAAUAUUGCUUACAUAGGUUAGUUUGCUGUACAUAUAAAACCAUUCCAAAUGCUGAACAUUUCGGAUGUAGCAAAGCUUUUAUUAUGUGUUUUUAAUUUUUAUCUUAUAAAUGUUUAACAGCUAUAAAAAAAAUACUUUAAUUUUUUGUCAUUAUAUAUAGAGAGAGAUAUAUCAACCUUGCAAUUAUAGGCUAAAGGUCAUGUGUUUCUAUGGCCCACUGUUUACGAGGGUGUCAUGUGACAAAGGCGCCCUAAAAAAUCUGGAAGCCAAGCGCUAAGCCACCUUUCUCUUUCUGAAUGUAUGAAAGUUGUUAUGUUUAUUGCUUAGAAUAUUCUUUGAAGGUGGUUUUGUGUGUGUGUGUGUGUGUUUUAAUUCUAUCUUGCUUUCUGUAACCAUAGCGACCACAACGUUCCUUCUGGGACCAUCUUGACAUAAUCCUCAACGAGCUUUGAUUAUUCUAUAUUUUCACUUUGUCGAGGAGAUAAAGUUGAUUUAGUUGAUUGAUUGAGUGAUGAUAAAGGUAAUGAUAUUCAUAGAGUUGGAUGAUUUUCAUUAGGAAAGUAUUAUUACCUUCAAUCGUAACAAAAGCGCAGUCGCUAAUACGGUAAUGUCAAAAAGUCGCAACCAAAAUAGCGCGACAAAAAUCCCACAUUUUAAAAAAGGUUAUUUCGAUGUGCUGUACCGUACACUUGGAGUGGGAGUUGCCCUUUAUCUUUGAAUGCUUUUCCCUUUGUAUUUUUUUUUUGGUUAACUUCUAAAUGAAUUUUAUUUAUUGUAAUGUUGACUGUAAUGACUGUUACACGUAUAUAUCAAUAUAUUGCAAAAUGAAAUAAUCAUUACUUCUUAAUUGCACUGACCUUUGAUAUACCAAAAUAUUUUUAAAAUAUAAAAAUACUUUAUAAUUGCUUUCUUUGAGAAAUGCUUGUAGUAUAAUUUCCUAAUUUAUUAUUUUGAAUUGCUCUGACCUUUGAAAUACUAAAACUAUUUUUAAAAGACGAAAAUACAUUAUAAUUGCUGUCUUUAAAAAAUGCUUCCAGUAUGUAGAUACAGUUUAUUGUUUAUUGUUUCUACUUAAGUAAUAGAAAGAGUUUCUCAAAGACAAAUUUAAAUCUGAUUAGGUUAAUACUUGAAAUUGUUAUAAAUUUCUAGUGUAUAACUAAUAACUUGUAUGCAAAUCAUAUCGCUAUUGUUAUUAUAUUUUGCAUAAUUUUUUUAGAUUAUUUGCUUUUAUCGUCACAACAAGAAAUUUAAAUCUUACAUUUUUUUACAACCACAAAUGAUUUUAAUUUUUUUUUUCAUUGCUUCACUCUUAGUUACAAACUUGAAGCCAUGGCGAUCAUCAUCAUCAUCAUCAAGAUCCAUUUGAGUGAGGGCUUGAGAGGCUCAAAUCCUCUCUUACAAAAGCCCUGGACAGAAACCCUGCUGUCUUGCGUAGUGCAUAAAUGUCGCCAUACAGGUCGAGAAUUUUGGGUUUCCCAGACCUGUCGAGACGGAGAUCAGCAAGUCUAGGGCAGUCAAACAGAAUAUGAGGCACGGUUUCCUCUUCUUCCCCGCAGCGGGGGCACCGUGAAUCAAAAUUUGGCCAUAGCCUCGAGAAAUAUGAGCCAACAGGACAGUGGCCUGUAUUGCACUGUGCUAUGAUACCUUGCUCAGGCCUGGACAGCCUCCACCACGGGGAAGUGCGGCCAGGGCGCCUCAUGCGCUCCCAGACUUGACGGGCUUUUUGGGACUCAAACUCAAACCACUUUUCCAUUUCUGUUUUAUGUAUUAUAGCCAGGGCUUGAUGAAAGCUUACAGCCUGAUCAGUGGGUGGAAUUUGCCCUCCCUGGUGAAGCCAUGACGAUAAAUAUUACUACCGGUAUUCAAAAUGCUAAAAAAUAAAACUUUAAAUAUUUUUGCAGGUUGCAACAUUCCAAUCAGUAGCAGGGGAUUGUCUAUAUAUAUAUAUAUAUAUAUAUAGAUAUACAUUUUUCUUUGAAAAUCUUAUAAAUAAUUUAUGUAAAAAAUUUUGUCGCGAUAAAAAAAAAAAAAUAGAAAUGAAAAAAACAACUUUUUUUUUUGGUUUACAUUAUAUUAGUUUUGGUCUAAAAGAGGAAAUAAAGUGUGUUUAUCUGAA